AUGAGUCUUGGCGUUAUCCGGCAAGAAUAUCACUUUCUUCCGAUUGAUCAAAGAAGGCUGUUUCUGGAUGAGUGCUGCCUGUACUCAUUGAAGCUGCUCACAAUAUAAGUUAGCAGUGAUGGUUUGACCCCUUUCGAAAACUCAUAAUGGACAAUUCCAGUUGCUGUCCACCAAACACACAACAAAACCUUGUUUGGGUGCAAGGAAGCCUUGGGCGUGUGUGGUACCGAAUCAGUAGGCGACAACCAAUGAUACGAAUGCUUCGAAUUCGAAUACAAGAUCCAUUUUUCGUCGCAAGUAAAUAACCGAUUAAGAAAUGGUUCAUUAGCGUUGCGUCAAAUGUUUUCUGAACAAAUGGUAAGACGACAUAAUUUCUGAUGAAGAUGCAAACGAAUAGCUUCAGGACUCAGUCUGAACGUUUCUGCAAAUUCUUCGCACGUUGUCCUGGAAUUUGCGUCCACAACCUGUCGAAGAUCCACGUUGUUCAUGAUUGUUGGUCUCCCUAAGCGUG